AUGCACGUAUUGUACAGAGAGCAUUUCGCACUUGGCUCGGCUAAAAGCGGCCCAUGACCCAUCUCUUUCUUCUCUCAGGUCUAGCUCAAGCUUGUACAUAAAAGCCUGUGCAGUGUGCUUCCGCCUAUUCUUCUUGGGACCUUUUCGCUAUGUAUAGGGACGUAUCGAGGGUCGCUUAGGUUAAUAUUGAACGUGCGUUUUAAGAGGUUGUAGUAUAAAAUUUAUUGAAAGCGUGAAGAGACGAAAAUGAGGAAACUAUAUAUUCUGUUUGAGCAUGCCUCUGGAUACGCUGUGUUCGUGGUCAAACAGUUCGAGGAGAUAGGAAUGUUAUUGCCCCAGGUGGAAGAAUCCGUGACGGACUUGGCACGUUUUCGUUCUAUUGUGAGCCUUGUUAGUUUCUCAGCCUUCAAGACUGCAGUAGCUGCACUGGAGAAUAUUAACAGCAUCUCAGAAGGAAUUGUACCAGAGCAGCUGCAGGUCUUUUUGGAUUCUUGUGUGCCAAAGUCUACAGAGAAGAAUGUUGUCCUUGGUGUUUCUGAUCCCAAACUUGGUGCCAAUAUCACCGAAGUUCUGGGUAUAAAAUGUGAUCACACCAGUGGGAUUCCUGAGAUCAUGCGUGGCAUUAGAUUUCAUUUUCAUGAUUUGGUUAAAGGCUUUACUUCCCACAGUGCAUCAGUUGCACAAUUGGGACUUGGACAUAGCUAUUCCAGAGCUAAAGUAAAAUUUAAUGUUAACCGAGUGGAUAAUAUGAUAAUCCAUACUAUAGGAUUAAUGGAUCAAUUAGAUAAAGAUAUAAACACGUUCAGUAUGCGCAUACGAGAAUGGUAUGGCUAUCACUUUCCAGAGCUGGUGAAAAUAGUUCCAGAAAAUCACAUGUAUGCAAAAGUAACGCAAGUGAUAAAAAAUAGAAAGGAGCUUACAGAAGAGAAGUUGGAGGCUCUUGAGGAAACCGUUAUGGACAGUGCAAAGGCGCAGGCAAUCAUAGACGCAUCCAAGUCGUCUAUGGGUAUGGACAUCAGCCUGGUCGAUCUUAUGAAUAUCCAGAUAUUCGCUGAACGCGUUGUCUCUCUGGCCGAAUACCGCGAGCGUUUAGCCCAAUAUUUGCGAAGCAAGAUGUCGGGAGUUGCACCGAAUUUGGCAUCUUUGAUUGGCGAUCAAACAGGUGCCAGAUUGAUCGCACACGCUGGAUCGCUCACCAAUCUCGCCAAAUUUCCAGCAUCAACUGUCCAGAUUUUGGGUGCAGAGAAAGCGUUAUUCAGAGCGCUAAAAACCAGAGGAAAUACGCCCAAAUUCGGGCUGCUCUUCAAUUCCACGUUUAUCGGGCGCGCCGGUGCUAAAGACAAAGGCAGAAUAUCGAGGUACUUGGCGAAUAAAUGUUCCAUGGCUUCGAGGAUUGAUUGUUUCUUGGACAUACCGACCAACGUAUUCGGUGAGAAAUUGAGACAGCAGGUGGAAGACCGACUGAAAUUUUUCGAAACUGGAGAGAUACCUAAGAAGAACAUCGACGUUAUGAAAGAAGCCUUGGAGGAAUCAUUGAUUUCUGUAGAAAGAGAAAAUAAAGAAUCUCCCAAGAAGAAAAAGAAGGACAAGAAGAAGAAACGCCAAGAAGAGGUGCCAAGAGAAAAUGGCCAAGUGAACGGCAAAGAGAAUGAAUAUCUGGAAAACAAUCACGCUGAACAGAUGGACGCACCCCCGCCGAAAAAGAAAAAAAAAUCAAAAUCGACAUCUAAUGAUUAAAUUAAAGUGUGAACAUUUAACUAUGAUUUCUGUUCUACUUCGAUUUACUAUCAUUUAUUUGGCAUAUACAUUAUUCUUUUUUUAUUAUUAUUAAUAAUAAUAAUUUAUAUCGUGCAAUAUUAAUGUACUGAAUAUCUUGCAAUAUUCUUAUCCCCUCAAUAACAAAGACAAAAUGUAUGGAAUCGUACUGCGAUGUACUGCGUGCCGUGUCUAACCUCGAUUCGUUAUCUUUUAAAAAAGAUUGAUAUAUAUUGUUACAUAUACUGUUAUAUUCACUUUUAUUUUUUUCUGCGCACGCGAGGUAUUCGAUAUAAUUCGCAUAGCCUUGUCGGAGGAAUAACUUUCAGCUUUUCGUGCCGGUUCUGUUGAUCCGGUUACUAAUUAUUGACUCACGAUGUUGUGUAAUUAUCGUCAUGUUUGGAAACAUGAUCUUCCAGUGCAAUUAAACCACCUAAGACGAUGAGUUAUUUUCCUCGACGGUUUUUCGGGUGGAGAGCAACGUGGUAUGACAGGAAAGUAGCAGGGUGUAUAAGUGGCUCUAUGAAAAAUUCAUUUAUUCAUUCAAUAAAUGGCUGUGCGCUGGAAAACCAACCAGGCUAACGCCAACCUCUAGACCAAAUGUAAUCUGCGCGAAUAAAGCAUCAAUGGAAUCAAUGACUA